GUUUGUGAUGUUGACAUGGAAGCUCAGCAGAAUUAUGACUGCUGGGCUUUAGCUGCUUCUCCUCACCAUGUGGUGUUUCUUGUCGUUCAGGUGACCCUCAGUAAGUUCUUUAACCCGUGCUACACUACAGCCCAGCUGAAACCCACCCUCUUCAGCAAGGUCAACACAGCCAUCCAGCUGUGCCUGGUGGCCGCCUCUCUGGCUGCUCCGGUCUUCCAGUUUGCCGACAGCGUCCUGCUGCAGUGUUUAUGGUAUGUAACAGCUGUGACCACAGCAGCAUCCGGAUACAGCUACUGGCAUUACGGCCGCAAGACUGUUCAGGUGCUGAACACCAGGUCUCCAUGACACCCCCCGCCAACGCCCCCUCCCCCCGCUGGACGCCCGUAGGAUCCCAGAGAGAAAUAGAAGCAGCUCCUGCAGGGACACCGGCCAAAGCAAAUGUAGAACGGACAGACAGACAGAUGGAGCGUCACCAGGAGCUCUGGAGACGCUUAGAUGUGACGAGGCUUCACGGGUCACCAUGGCGAUGACGCACGGAAAGCGAGCGAAGCCGCAGAUGGUUUAUCGCAGAGACACUGAAGCGGCGGCGGUGCCAGCGGGCGCGUCCAGAGCCACGUGCACAGAUGGAAGCUGCAAACAUACAUAAAAAUAGAGGCUCCGCCCACACCCUGACACACGCACGUCCGCCCAUCUGGCCGCACACUCCUGUCCUUCCUGGUGCGGGUCCUCCAAUCAGCAGCCUGCGCCGGCACCCAAACCGUUGUCCCGUCAACGUCAUUUUUGUAAGCCAAUGAUCUGAGAUUUAAAGAAAUAGAAAAGCCGCUCCGCUGUGUGUUGUCGCUUUACUGGACGUACGAGCCGUCUUCGUUGUGACGAGCCAGAACUCUGACAGCUGACCCAUUUACCGCCAGCAGGCAGGUUUAAAUAAAGUCCAUGAAAGGCAAAGACC